AUGCCCUUCACACUGGGGGUUGUUGCCUGCGUUUUCCAGAAGCUCAGAGAACUUAUGUGUCCAGGGUCAUACAGCUGGAAGGGAGAAAAGCAAGACUUGUCUGCCUGCAAAACAGAUGGAGUGUUUGGAAGAUGCCGGCGGAUUCCGGUGAUAGACAUAUACCGAUAUGAAGUCUCACCGCCUGUUCUGCAGCACCUGAGAGCCACUUUGCAGAAGCUGUCCCGCACAGGUUUCACAUGGCGGGAUGAUUACACCCAGCAUUUGAUGGCCCAGGAGCUCUCAAACCUCCCCAAAACUUAUCUGCCACGUUCUGAAGCUUCCUCAAGACAGGGGGCCUCAAAACAGAGCAUUGGUAACGAAAGGACGUACAGCCUGGAAAAUGAUGUUACCUUGGCCAAGACACUGCAGCAAUACCUUCCAUUCCUGGGGGUACUGUCCCAGGCCGUGGCUUCAGACGUGUACCCCAGGAUGAAGAAUGACAAACCACCAAUUAAGAGUGAUGGUGCCUUCCCUGAGAGCGUCUUGACUUACGUGGCUCAAAUGUCCAAAGGAAGUAGUUCUGCCUUGACCUAUCCUCCCAUGUCUCGGGCCGGUUACCCUGAGGAUCUGCCGCUGCGGACCCUGGGCCCACUCCAGCCGGACGAGCUCAGUCCUAAGGUGGACAGCGACCUGAACACACAGAACCUGAUGGCCGCCCUCAGCGCCUACGCUGCCCAGAGGCCUGCGGCACCCCCUGAGGAGGAGGACCUGGGGGUGAUGUACCUUCUGCAGGCACGUUUGAGAGCACUGAGGCCCGACUCGGCCCCCGCAGCCCUGCAGAAGUGGCCUUUUGCUCUGAGAGAUCCCAAGGAGCCCCCCAGCACAGGAGAUGAAGCAUUUAUUCAGAAUCUCCUGAAGGACCUGAGGAGGCACCAGGUCAAUGUGGAUGAUCUAAGUCUACUGGAGCUAGAUGAGAUGGCCAGUGUGAUUGCUGAGGCCAUGCAAGGUGGAGAUACAGAAGAGGAUCAGGAAAACACCGGGAGAGAAGCUGAAGGAAAACCAGGAGAACAAGCAGACAGCUCAGAAAUUUUGCUCACGCUCCUGUCUUUCACAGAUAACAAAGUACAAGAAGAUGAUGAUAAAAUUUAUGAAGAGGUCAAACACUUGAAUGUCAAACUUGGGGACCUCUUGAAGGAACACAAGCCCCAACACAUGCCUGAGGCUCUUCCUCUUGCCAAGUCAUUUAAAACUGAUAUCAAGAAAUCGGAGGAACCCCAGUCUUCGGAAGAAGUUAACGUCGGCAUUGAAAAUGUCAGGAGUCAGACUUACUCCAAAGAGCUAUUUGAUAAGCCAAAUUCUGAACCCAGAGUGGAUGGGUUUAGGGAUUAUCAAAACUGGAUUCCAGGGGCUUUGAAGCAAGAUGAAAGCCUUCAGGCAGAAUCUCAACAGCGCGCAGGCACAGGCCUGCAGUUAGAAGUCAAAUCUUCUGAUGAGGAGGAAUAUGGCUACAUUGUAACAGAAAACAGCCCUCUGAGCCUGGAAAAGGGAACGAAGUUGAUAGAGGACAUAGCCCAUCUCCUGAAGGUGCCAGUCAGCACCUUUGCAGAUAUCAGUGUUCUGGGACCAGCAGUGACCUUCAGAGUGACCUCCAAUAUCCAGAACGUGACAACUGCAGCUGUUGCUAAGGCAGCAGUUGACAACAAGGACAAACUUGAAGCAACCUCUAGAGUGAAAAUUCUUCGAGCUGGAAUUGGGUCGAAAAGCAAGGUCAAGCUUCUGCCUCAUCAGGUGGAACGAGAAGACUCCGCCAAGUUCGUGGUCCUCACCCUGAUCUCCAUUGGGUGCAUCACCGGUGUCCUCCUGACUUCAGGGAUCCUCUACUGCCUACGCCACAGCUCUCACUACCAGCUGAAGGAGAAGCUCUCCGGACUCAGCGGGGACCUGGGCUCAGACGCCACCACUGCCUACCAGGAGCUGUGCCGGCAGCGCAUGGCCACGAGGUCCUCGGAGCGCCCGGAGCCCCUGCACACUUCCCGCAUCAACAGCGUCUCUUCCCAGUUCAGCGAUGGACCAAUGCCCAGCCCCUCGGCUCGGAGCAGCACCUCGUCCUGGUCAGAGGAGCCGGUCCAGUCCAACAUGGACAUCUCCACCGGUCACAUGAUCCUGUCCUACAUGGAAGACCACUUGAAGAACAAGAAUCGCCUGGAGAAAGAGUGGGAGGCACUCUGUGCCUACCAGGCGGAGCCCAACAGUUCCUUGGUGGCGCAGCGGGAGGAGAACGUGCAGAAAAACCGCUGCUUGGCCGUGCUGACAUAUGAUCACUCCAGGAUACUGCUGAAAUCAGAAAACAGCCACGGCAACUCUGACUACAUCAAUGCCAGCCCCAUUAUGGAUCACGACCCCAGGAAUCCUGCAUAUAUCGCGACCCAAGGACCACUUCCUGCUACUGUGGCUGACUUCUGGCAGAUGGUCUGGGAGAGCGGCUGUGUGGUUAUUGUCAUGCUGACACCCCUCACUGAAAAUGGAGUCAAGCAGUGCUACCACUACUGGCCAGAUGAAGGCUCCAACCUUUACCACAUCUACGAGGUAAAUCUGGUCUCUGAGCAUAUCUGGUGUGAGGAUUUCCUAGUAAGAAGCUUUUAUCUGAAGAAUCUCCAAACCAAUGAGACACGAACCGUGACCCAGUUCCAUUUCCUUAGUUGGUAUGACCAGGGCGUUCCUUCUUCCACGAGGUCUCUUCUGGAUUUCCGCAGAAAAGUAAACAAGUGCUACAGGGGCCGUUCUUGUCCAAUAAUUGUUCAUUGCAGUGACGGCGCAGGACGAAGCGGCACCUACGUGCUGAUUGACAUGGUUCUCAAUAAGAUGGCCAAAGGUGCUAAAGAGAUUGAUAUUGCUGCGACCCUGGAGCACUUGAGGGACCAGAGACCGGGCAUGGUCCAGACAAAGGAGCAGUUUGAGUUUGCGUUGACCGCGGUGGCCGAGGAGGUGAAUGCGAUACUCAAGGCCCUUCCACAAUAAGCGUCUGAUUUUUCUGGAGGGCUCCGAGGAGCCCCCCUUAACCCUUCUGAAUGUCGUUGGAAACCAUGACAUGACUUUAACUGUGUGUCUCCUGUUGUAACUGCAUAGUAAUAGGCUCUUUAAAACUCCUGUAGUCAGUACGGUUUAGCAGUUAAAAUGUGUAUUUUUGUUCAACCAAAUAAUAAUAAAGGAAGCGUUGUGGAAACAUCCAUUACGGGGCGGGGGGGAGAUCAGUUCAUCUAAUUAUUUUCACUUUCUGGGGGGAAAAAAAUUACUUUUCCUUAAAGCACACAUUCACAUCCCUAAUUGCAAACAAUGCCGUAUUAGUGAUGCAGUUAUUAGCACGUUCAGUGUGGUCUCCGAGAAGAUGUUUGCUGUGAUUUGUAACUUCUGAAGGACGAAUCAGCUGUGCAGGGAGGGGACCAAAGCUAACUGGCAAAGCAUGAAACGAAGGCUCCCCGGGGUUGAAAUAGCGUUUGGCAUUUGUCUUUAAAUGAUUUCUCAUUGGGAGAAACCACCGACUUAUUCAGGAGUUAGAUCAGCAGAAGUAUUACCGUUCUGCAGCGCUGGGGCCAACAGGAGUGAGGAAGCCUCACAGCUCUCCGCUCUGCUCACCUACGGCUGCUCGACGUGUUCCCGUUGAGCACUAGCAAUGGCCUGGAACUGUCUGUCCACUUGGCCUCUAAAAAGUGGAAGGAUCUUAGGCUUUCCUCCUGUGGGCAGUCACUCCUCCAACCCUUGAGGCCCAGUCACGCUUAUGAUGCUUCACCUUUGUAUUGCAAAGUUAGGGGUUAGCCCCAACCUGGAGGCAUGGUUUUUUAAGCUUGAAAAUAUUGAUUUACACGUUACAAAAACGGAUAUACCUAACAAACACUUUCCUGUGAGAUAACCAGAAUUAGGAAGAACAGACGAGGCAUUUAACCAGGGUCCCAAAGACCUUAUAAACUCUGGCCAGACAGCUGUGGCA